AUGAAACGCUUGUCUUCGAGAAGCGAUUCAGUGAUGAAUACAAUGAAGACAUUGAAGACAAUGAGUGCAAGAGAUGUACCGCUGAUUGCGAUCAUAGGAUCGACGGGUUGUUCAAAGACUAGACUAUCGCUGGAGUUGUGCCACGAGUUUAGGGCAGAGAUUAUAAGCGCGGACUCAAUGCAAGUCUACUGUGGACUCGAUAUCAUCACUAAUAAGGCGACCACUUCUGAGAGAGCUCUCACUCCUCACCAUUUGAUUGAUUUCUUGGAUCCGAUGAGUCGUUUCACUGUCACUGACUUCAGGAAUAGAGCCCUAAAAGUGAUCAAAGAUCUCAUGUCGAGAGGAAUUGUUCCGAUUCUUGUCGGAGGAACUAAUUAUUACAUCGAAUCCAUUCUUUGGGAGGUUUUGAUUGAUUCCAACCAAGAGUUGGAUGAAAAAUGUCUUGUUUUUGAUGGAGAGGAGGGAUGCCAUCAAUGGUCUGAAGAAGAAUUGACAAAAGAGAGGAUAAUGUCUGAACCGAUAUAUUCAGGGAGUUUUAGUGACAUAUCGAGUGAAAUAUUACAUAAAAUUCUUGAACAAUUGGAUCCAAUCACUGCUCUUGAGAUUCAUCCGAAAAAUAAGCGAAAAGUGAUCCGAAGUUUACAAAUAUAUCAACAAAAGAAAAGACCCAAAAGUGAGUUAAUUAGUGAACAAAAGACAAUGAAUGGCGGCUCACAAUUAGGCGGUCCUCUGAGGUUCAAGAAUUCGGUGAUUCUUUGGAUGGAUUGCGAUAAUAAUGUUUUAAACCAAAGGUUAGACAAAAGAGUGGACGAAAUGAUGGAAAGAGGACUCAUCGAAGAACUUCUGGAUUUUCAUCACAAUUAUAAUAAACAAAGAAUUUCACAAAAUUUAAGCGCUGACUAUUCUAAAGGAAUCUUUCAAUCGAUUGGUUUCAAAGAGUUUCACAAAUAUUUGCUUCUGACUGAAGAACAGCGCAAAACAAAUCCAUUUUCAGAGAUAAUGUUAAGAGAAUCGACGGAAUCGUUAAAAUAUGUGACCAAACGUUAUGCAAGACAUCAAUUAAAAUGGAUUCGAAACCGAUUUCUUAGACUCAAUGAUAGAGAAGUUCCCAAUAUUUACCGAUUGGACACAACUUCACCCGAACUGUGGACUCAGGAAGUGUUUGAGCCAUCGAUGGCUAUAGUGUCGGCAUAUGUGACCAAAAGUGAAGUUCCGUCUCAUAUAAAGCCCGUCCCAAAGAUAGAAGUGAAUGAAAAUCAUUCAAAACGCUUUCAAUGCAAGGAUUGUAGUAAAGUAUUGGACGGUUUGGUUGCAUAUGAAGCACAUCUGAAAUCCAAAGGACAUGAAUAUAAUUUGAAACUUAAGAGAAAAAGACAUUUAGAAUUGAUAUCUAUUUUAAAAUCAUAUGAAAAUGAAAUAAAAUCAUAGAAUUUCUACGGAUAGAAGAAAAUUAAACCAAAUAUUAAUAAAAUUUUAGAGAAAACAUCUUUAUUUAUACUAUAC